AUUUUGUGGAAUUUGAAGGUUCGUUACUGUGUUCACAAGAACCUACAGGGCCCUGUGUAGCUUUCAUAGAAUGCUGAUCUCUUGUGAGUUAUUAGUCCCUUCCCCAAUCAUCAGACUAAGGGGUUACUCUUUGUCAGCUGUUGGCUAUUGCUUUUACAAUUUUUUUCCAGUUGCCCUGCAUGGAUGGAAGUCACCACUGCCAUUCAUAGGCUGAGGACAAGCCGUGUGGUGGUGACAAAGGGACCACUUUUUGAUGUUUCAUGCCCUAUUUUGGUUCUGUUUAUCAGAAUAUUUCGUGAUAGUAGACAAAAAUAAAUACUACCAACUAAAUUUUGAAAUUAACUGUGCUGUAAUGAUGAGUAUCUUAGGUGGAUAAUCUCGGAAGAGUUCGAAUGUUUAUCAGCAGGUGGCACAGUAAACAAAGUUAACUUCUUUGGUAAUUUUAAAGCCAGGACCGGCAAUUAUUUGUGUAUGGUGUUUUUUUCUUUGUGUUGGUAUAGAAGUUUGAAAAAUGGCCACAAAAUAACAGGUGUGUUGUCAUCGAAAUGUGUGGAACUUACGCAGUAUAUUUCUCUGGAACUUUCCAUUGUGUUCGAGAUUAUACUGAAGUAUAUGGAUUGGAGUGUGUUCCUGCCCAACUCAGCGAGAUGAGCACCGAGGAAAUUUCGAGCAACGGUGAUAGUCCAAUGACAGAAGUUGAUGAGCUCAAGAAAAACUUCAGAGCUGUUCAGGAAGAAAAUUACAAGUUGCAAGCAGUAAUUACAGAUGUUACGGAGGUGAACAAGCGUUGGCAAAAAUACAACAAUGACAGGCAGAUGUACGUCCAGCGUCUUCUGUCCACCAUACAGGAGCAGCAGGAACAGAUGAAUAAGAUCGUUGAAUGCAGAGCAUUUCCAUCCGUGCAGCAGGUAACGCCAGGCCAUCACAAGACUUUGGAAGACGUGCAAGCCGAGAACGCGUCCCUGAAGGAGGAACUUGAAAAACUACAGAAGCAGUUGGAACGGCUGGAGCAGGAGCACCGGGAACACGUGGAAGUACUGGAAUUUCAAGUGAAGGCGCACCGUGACGACUGGGAGGCAGAGCGCAGCGAGAAACAGCAAGCGUUACAUGACAAGGCUGCGUUGGAGCGCCUGGUGAAGGAGUUGAAGAGGGAUGUCCACAGUUUGAAACUCAAGCUGAGGGAAGGGCGACCGCACAAGCAGCUUGUCCACUGCGUUCACUGUUGCGCCGCCUACGCGUGCGAAGCCGGCCAUUGCGGCGCUGCAACAGCUGGCAGCCACUGUCACAGGGAAAACCCAAAAACCUACAGAACUUCGGUACAUCUUCCUUGCGCUUCUGGUCACCUCCUGUCCAGAGGAACAACCGUGUAUUUUGGUGAUGACCUUGUGACUGAUGGUGAUGAAGCGGUUGGUGAUGACUUAGAGAAAACUGCAGUAUCUCGUGGUGAGAUGCCGAGGUCCAGAUCUUCGUCUGUGGACGAGUCUCCUCCGCCUUUGUCACUUAAUGAGGACGUUCAGGAGGAAAUAAUGCACAGAACAAAGUCAGAUGGCAACAACAAUCUAUCCCAUACAGUUAAAGUAGCAAGCUCCUGUGCUGAAAUAGUAGAAGGAAGAGAGAAAGCUUUGGAGCUUAACAUUGCUCCUGAGGACGACUCGGGGCACGAGUACAGGUACUCCGUAUUACACGUCUCCCCUGCCAAUAGUGGCAGCAACCUUACGGCAGAUGAUAAGUCAAUGGAUUCUUCAGCCAGUGGUGUGACCAUUGGCUUUAGCGCCAGUGGUUUGGCUGCCGUCACGUCCUUCUCGCAGAGAUCGGUUGUCAAGUCGUCGUCCUUGCCGAUAUCUGAGAAGAUACAGUUUGGUAGCGAGAUUGAGGAGAAUCCAGCGAUUUCCCAAUGGUCUCUUGAUUCAGGUUUGUCCUCAGUGGUAGGUCCACCAGUGACCUACAAUUUCACAAAAGAUGUUUUUGAAGAGAAGAAGUCGUUCAAGACGUUAUCAUCUGGAAAUCUGACGAAAUCAGAGAGUAACGUUACCACGUCAAACGUUCGAAAAGGUUCGGUCCCGUGGAAGGCAAGAUACUCUGAGGAGGGAGUUGCGACCCAGACUCAGGAGGACGUAAUCUGCCCGGGUUGUGGGCAGGUAUUUCCUCCGAGACUCCAUCUCAAGUUCCUAGAUCACUUUGAGGUUUGUCAGAAGAACAUGAAGGACUCCUCAAAAAGAAGCCACAAACUGACAAACUUAUAGCGAUGGAAAUUACUAGGCUUACUGAAAGAGUAUUUGUGUAGACUUCAUAACCAUCGUUGUUCAUAAUGGCUGAGGAAAUGUAAAUAAUAAUAAUUCCUGUGUAAGCCCUCAUACUCCGAAUCCUUUCCCACUUCUUAUUUCUUUAUUCUUUCCCUUGUGAAAUAAUUAUCACUCGGUGAAAUGUCUUAUGUAUCUCGCACAGUCUACCAGUAGUUUUAUUUAUUAAUUAAUAUUGCCGAGUGCACUUUGGUAUUUUGUAUGGUCUCUGCUCUGAGAGUCAGGAUGGUAGUGUUUCAGGAAUUAUACAGGGUAAAGUAGCUUUCAUCUUACUGCACAAAAGAAUUAGGAUGGUCCUAAGAAAAUAGUAGUUGAAAUAAUAAUUUAACAGUUUUGACUAAAAAUGGUAUUCUUCUUCUGUGGCUCUCCGGUCCGUAUUCGGUCCAUGGCCUCCUCAAUUCUCCUCUUCCAUUCGGUCCUCUGUUAGGUCCGUCUGUCCAAGGCUUUGAUCGAGGCUUCGAAACAUCUUCCUUUUUACGGUGUAAGGUUGUUAGCCUUGCGGCCAACCCCCAACCUGGAGGACCAGGGUACCUCUCCCCCUCGACCAAUCUGUCUAGGGAGACUACUGCCAGCAUAGACUAAAAGGUAUUGGCAAAGUGAAUUUUAAGGUUAAGUGAAGUUUAAGUUUGUGUUUAGUGACAGAUUUUUUUGUUCCGCGUAAGAUUAAUUUCCUUUCGUAAGAAGUGAUACGAUACUCCCUUAAAUGUCUUUAAACACUAUUUAUAUUUGUAUAUUUAAAAUGGUUUAUUUUUUUAGAUGGAAAUGUUUGGUUAGUGGACACUGUAUGCAUAAUGUUUGUAUAUUAACUUUAGUAUUGACCAAUUUUUGACUGGUAGGAAAGAAUGCCUGAAGGUUUGUACACAUUUAAAAAAAAUUCUAUGGGAUCAUGUUUUCUCAUAACAUGUAAGUCAAGCUUUGCAAUUAAGGGGUAUCUAUUUUAUGACAGGAUAUUAUUGGCAUUUUUAUUUAUCGUUGUAAAGAAUUGAUUAGUGAAAUUCUAUUGACCCAAACUAUAUUUGGCAGCUGCUUGAAGUAUUUUCUUGUGCCACAGUUUCCAGUACUCAUUCUAUAUUUACAUGUGCAUAAUAGUUUCAUUUGUCUCUUAUUUUGUAUAUUUGAAUAAUUGUUUUUAGUUAAUGUUUUAUAUAAUUGCAAUUAGUCCUGCGCCGUAGCCACGCUGUCUGAGGCAUCAUGCUUCGGAUGUGCGCCGGUUCAAGUCUCGGGGAAAAGAAAUUUCUCAUGAGAUUUCCGACCGGUGUAUGGGACCGGUGCCAACCCAGCAUCGUGAGGAAAUUGGGGAUUUACAAUGGGUAGCGUAAUCCGGUCAUCGAAACUAGCAAUGUCUGGGGGUUCGUUGUGCUGACCACGCGUCAUCCUGUAUCUGGUUGGAUGAUCGUUCACCUCUGCUUGGGCAUGUGAACUUGAGGCCGGCAGCCAGCUAGUCGGCUUUGGCUCUCAGAGGGCUGUUACGCCACGGAUUAUAAGAUUUUAUAAUUUCAAUUUGUAACGUUUUACAAAAUUCAGUACUUUCUAGCACUUUACGAAUUCAUAAUUACUAAGCGAAGAAAUGUUAACAUUUGUAUUGUAUUUACUGUAAUGUGAAGAUGCCUUAGCCUGGUGUCAUAUCGUAGGCUUCGUACAACCCGAACCACAUACCUGAAUUUCUUUGUCUAUAACUACGAGGGGUUAGAUGAGAUUCUAGUCGUAUGCAAGUUCUCACUUAUCUCCUUGGGAAUGAAACCAAUAAUAAAUUAGUGACAGAGCUAGAAUAGAAGUUGUUAUAUGUCUGGAAGUGAAAGAAGUUUUUUAAGAAAUAUAUCAACUUACAUCAAAAAAACAUAUCAUUCUGGAUACUUUUUGGUCCCAGUCUGGAAUUAAUUUGUCAAAAAAAUCUCUUUCACAGUAUGAAAGAUAUGCCAUUUCUCUUCUAUACAAUUGACUGUUCAAAUUAUAAGCAGAUGGUAUAUUUUUUGCCUGUUUGUACGAGAUAUUAUUAAGACAUUUAUCUGAUAAUCUGGAUUUAGCAUUCACUGUCUCACUGUAAUAUGUAUUCACGUGUGUGUACACGCAGUGACCAAAAUUUUAAGAAACUCUUAUUCUUCUGUUGGCUGUUCAUAUACCGAAAACACUCCUUUGUUUUGAACAAAUUCUUACGUCUCUAAGCCUGCUUCAUAAUCACAUAGACCAUCGUUGCUGUACUCUAUACCUUUUCAAAAUUCAUGUCUCUUGGACAGAGAAAGUAGUUCUCGUGGAAUGUAUUACAUUAUGCGAAGGAAGUAGUAUUUUUAAAUAUGUUCAGAAGAUUUUGAAGAGUGGCUUGAUCUAUACACACUUUGAAUUUCCGUGGACUUGUUUAACAGAGAUUUAAUACAUAUUUGCGAAUGUCAGCCUUUUGGGAUUUAAUGCGUUGUAGUCCUAUAGGUAUGCAACAAAUAUCAGAGGAAUGUACUCCUGUCUUCCUCUGAAAUGUUGGUAUCUACCUACACGUCCUGGCGUCACAACCCAGAAGAGCAGCAUCAGCAUCUUCAUGACAAUUUCAAAUCUCGCAUACAUAAUUGGCUACUUGACUUCGUAUUGUCUGAAAUAACUUAUUAUAUGUCAUGUCACUGUGUGCGCAGUCUCCGGCAGUACCGACGUGCUGUUGUCCGAUUUGAGUGCAGUCUUAAUUCUGUCGGUGUGGCUGAUAUUGAUGGAAUCAACACUCCUCAUACUUUUAAAGUCUUUCAUAAUUGUAGCAUAUAACAAAUAAAUAGGUGUAUUAACUUAUUGACUGAUGUUGUUAAAUAUCUGUUGUGACUUUUAAUUACUGUGAUGUAAAGAAAUUUAUUCUUUACAUUUAGUAAGCAUUUUAUUAUUAAUUUAGUUGGAACUGUGAGAAGCAGAACUGAGUCUAAAGACGCAUUCGCCAUAUCUUCAGAAAUUAUUGUACGGCUCUUGGCUUCAGACUGGGUACUGAUUAAAAGGGAACCUUAAAUAUUGUUGAUUAUUGUGACGAAUGAAAGUUUAUUUACCAUUGCAUGAAGUCCGAUGGGAGAUGUGGACAGAAUUUUAUUUUUAUGACUACUCGUGAAAGGUGCGAGCUGGAAAAUCUGUUCAAAGAAGGAAGCAGGCAUUGCAGAGGAGAAGGUGGAUGAGAACACAGAAACAGAUAGAAAAAUUGACUGUGGGGCUGAUGUGGUAUGGAGGCGUGGCAGAAGAAAAAGUGAAAGGGGAAACAGCAGGUUGAAGCUUAGAUGGUUUGAGAUGGCGUAAGUUGAAAGAAAUGAGAGAGAGAGAGAGAGAGAAUGGUGUGACUGAUAAAUUAAGAGUAAAUUAAUGUGAGGGAAGUAUGGUUGGAGGUGAUGCGGUAAGUUGUAACUAGUAAGAGGAAACUGGUAGCAUUAAGAAAGGGAAUUGGGAUGAUUAAAAUAAAUGCACACAUUUGAAGUGAUUGAACGUGUUUACCUUGAAUUGCCUCUUUACAUAUAAGCGUGCCAGUGGGCACCCUCGUGCAUCAGGAGGGCUAUCCAAACCGAAUAAUGAGCCCAUAUUGGCCAUUACUGUUGAGCAAAGAAUCAUCAUUGUGUAGUGUAAAUGCUAGACAGGAAUUGUAUGUGGCAAUAAUGAGAAUUAUAUUCAGUAUAAGUUUAAUUGAAUGUGGAAUACUUUUGUUUUUAGAGAGACUGUUACGUUCAGUCCCUCUGUGUUAUAUUAAUUUUCUCUAGUACAUGAAAUAAUUACUCAUUAGUAAUAUUGAAGCAUGUGUAUAAUAAUUUAUUUUGUCCUGUUUAUAUGUGUAUUUUCCUGUGACAAUUGGGGAGAAACCUGCAUUAAUUAAUUCAAGAUACUUUCUUGACUCUGAAACUAUUCAGGUAAUUAUUAACAUAUUUUUGACACAAGGAACAAAUAAACCAGUCUUCCCAUCUA